AGUUUUCUUCACUCAAUCUCUCUCUCCUUUGUUUUGUUCGUUUUAUUAGCAAUGUCGAUUGGUUAAUUCGGUUCUUCUCUUUGUCUAUAUCUUCUGCAGAGGCAAUGGAAUCCACCGAGUCAUAUGCCCCUGAAGAGCUCACCAAGAGAUCCCCUGAGCCGCACGAUUCUUCGGAAGCUGACUCUGCUGAGAAGCCAACACACAUUCGGUUUCUUGUAUCCAAUGCGGCAGCUGGUUCUGUGAUUGGGAAAGGAGGCUCCACCAUCACUGAGUUUCAGGCUAAGUCCGGGGCCCGGAUUCAGCUCUCACGUAACCAAGAGUUUUUCCCUGGGACUACUGAUAGGAUUAUUAUGAUAUCGGGCUCCAUUAAAGAAGUUGUCAAUGGUCUUGAACUUAUCCUUGAUAAAUUGCACAGCGAGCUUCAUGCUGAAGAGGGUAGUGAUGUUGAGCCUAGGAGAAGACUAAGACUUGUGGUUCCUAACAGUUCUUGUGGAGGUAUUAUUGGAAAAGGAGGGGCCACUAUCAAGUCAUUCAUUGAGGAAUCUAAAGCUGGUAUUAAGAUAUCCCCUCUGGAUAAUACAUUCUAUGGGAUGAGUGAUAGGCUAGUAACAUUAUCUGGAACAUUCGAGGAGCAGAUGCGAGCAAUUGAUUUGAUUUUGGCUAAGCUUACUGAGGAUGAUCAUUACUCCCAGAAUGUACAUUCCCCAUAUUCAUAUGCAGCGGGAUACAAUUCGGUUAACUACACACACAAUGGUUCUGGAGGCAGGUAUCAAAACCACAAGGAAGAGGGUGGUAGCACGGUGACAAUUGGUGUGUCGGAUGAGCAUAUAGGAUUGGUCCUUGGUCGUGGAGGAAGAAACAUCAUGGAAAUCACUCAGAUGACAGGUGCCAGAAUAAAAAUAUCAGACCGAGGCGAUUUCAUGUCUGGAACCACUGAUAGGAAAGUGACUAUCACAGGAUCACAGAGAGCAAUUCAACAAGCUGAGACGAUGAUAAAACAGAAAGUUGAUUCAGCCUCUGAGAGAGAGACGGAAUAAAACCAUUGAUGGAAGUGUGUCCAUCUUGGUUUCUUAUCUUUGAUCAUUUGUUGAGGCUUAAGCUAUGAGAUGGGGAUCACAAAUCAUCUUUGAGUGAGAGGCAGAGAGUUCUCUCAAGGAGCUUUGUUUCAUGUCUUCACAUAAUACAAUGUGUUUUUUUUUUUCUCUUGGGAGAGAAGCAGGUUUGGAUUUAGAAGUACUAUUUUCACUUUGUUUUUUUUUUGUUUUUCAACAACUUUAUUGAAGUUUUGUUUCCCUUUGAGUUCUUCAUGUUUGUAACAAUUUUACAGUGCAAUUGCUUUCUUUCAUAUACAAACAAUUAA